GUGCUUUGCCGCAAAGAAGGCGUGUUGUCCCUCUGAGUCAAGCCUCUGUCUCUUCUGUGGAAGUGGAAUUGAGCCAAAACAUCUUUCUCACUCUGGAUGGUAAGAUUUUAGCAAGUUUAUUUAAGCAUAACUUCAAAGUGUGGGAAAGUUCUGAUACUGGAUCUUCAUGUGUGCUUGUCCAGCUUUUUUCUUGUUGAACUGAUUUUUGUGACUAGCCAAAGAAUGGAGCUCAACAACAUCACAACGAGCAGCAAACCUUCGCCCCGAAAGACAGACGACUCGGUGGACAUCGACUACGUAAUGGACAUGGUAUUGAUAGUUUUAUACACCAUCACUAUUAGUCUGGGGGUAACCGGAAACAGCAUAGUGAUCUGGAUGAUCAGCUGCAAACUGAGGAAGAAUGUGACCAACGUCUGGCUUCUCAACCUGGCUGUGGCUGACCUGGUCUUCUGCUUCACCCGAGUCACCUCUUUGCUCAAGAACCUCUUCUACACCUACUGGCCCUUUGGAGAGUUCCUCUGCAAGUUCAACGGCUUCUUCAAGUACAUGAACUUGUUUUGUAGUGUCUUCCUUCUGUCUGUCAUCAGCCUUGACCGCUGCUUUUCCGUGAUAUUCCCUAUCCGGAUCAAGCAGUGGCGCACUGUCCAGAUGGCUUCCUUUGCCAGCGCAGGAGUUUGGGCGCUGGCCACAGCCUUUAGCCUGCCAUACUUCCUAUUCCGACAGGUCGCUAUGGAUCCAGGGAAUGCAAAUCUCUCCAAGUGCUCCUUCGAUGUUCCUGGAAGCAAUGAUGGAUACCAGAAUAAGCUGGCCCUCUACAUCGUGAGGUUCCUUUUUGGUUUCUUGGUCCCCUUUUUAAUCAUUGCCACUUGUUACGCCAUCAUGGCUUGCAAGCUGAGGCAGACACGAGUGCCCAAAAAGUCCUUCAAGAUCAUUGCUGUAUUGGUGGCUGCCUUUUUCUUCUGUUGGGCACCCUACCAUGUGUUUUUGCUGGCCAAGAUGGUCAAUAAGAAGUCUUUGGCAGUGAAGGUUGCUCUUCCUUUGUUCAAAGGCCUGGCCUACUUCAAUAGCUGCAUCAACCCCAUCCUUUAUUUCAUCAUGGCCCUGGAUUUGAAGAAGAGGUUCAAUCAAAAACUGUCUUUCGUAUACAUAAGAGCUUUCAGUGAGGAAUUGGAAAGUUCUAGCCAUUACCGGUCUUCAAGGAGAGAUAGAAGCUCUAUUGCAAACACUGUGCAGGUUGCUGCAUUGUAAAAAUACUUAAAACAUUAGUAGCCCCUGUCUGGUCAAUUUAGUUGAGAUACUGUAAAUACUGAGACAUUUUUAGUUCUAAUACAUUAGACUGCAUGAUUGAGCGUUAUUGAAAUGUGCAUUAUUAUAUAUUAUUAUAUACUAUUAUUAACACAUAGACUAAGCUAUAAAGUGUGAUUAUGUUUAAAUACAGCAGUAGAAGCUUUGAAUUUUAACAUACUUCCAUAUUAAUACAAUUAUUAAAUAAAUACUUUUUUGGUUUAAAAGUGGAUCGGAGGAUGUGCACAGACCUUCAGUUUUCCUGAGCUGCAGUAAUGAGGUGUGAUUAGUCGUGCUGUAAUGGAGAGAAAUAAUUACUGCAAUUAUAUUGUUUGCUCUAGAACUUAAAAUGGGCAGAUGUUUACCACUGCACCUUUCUAAUGAACUUGAAAUUCGAUAUCUAGGAUUCCUGACAUUCGAAACAACAUUUAAUUCCCAGAACUGGGCUGGUGUAGGCUUCUUGCUUCUGUGUGUUUGAGGGACUGGGAGUUUAAGGUCAGAUGACUGCCCCCCUCCCUCCUCCAAUCGCAAUGCCUUGAGUCACUGUGUGAACUAGAACUACGCACCUAGCAUAUGUUGUCUCUUUUUAAGUCUGUGGUGCACUGACCAGAACAGAGGUUCUUAAACUGUGGUCCGUGGAAAGGUUACAUAAUUACGUAACGGCAGAGGCAGCAUAGUUUAUAGGUCCCAUUGCAAACCUAAAAUACCUUAAAAACUCAGCUACAGAAGCUGGAAAAAAAUGCAUUCAGUGGCAGUGAAGAUCCCUGCCUGUAAAUAAUGGUGUGUUUUGAUGGUGGUUGGCAGGGAUGGGGUUAAUCCCUAGCCCUGCCAAACACACAUCAGAAUGUGGCUGUUCCCAAAUAAGAUAACUUGUGUUAAUUGGGUACAGCCAUAGAGAAUAAAAGGAGAGCUUGAAACUCCAUUGAGGAGAGCACUGCCAGGGAGCUGAUAGUGUAUGUGUUCAGCUAAGGAAUACUGUGUUUAAAAAAAUAAGGUAUUGUGUGUUUUUACCUUAAGUAAAUGUAGGUGACCUGUAAACAGCUUAGCUGUUUUUUGUUGGGAAAAUGACUUAGCUGUCCCAACCCUUUAGGUAAGGAAGGCUGUGUUUGGUCCAGGUCUCCAAGUGGUUUGUUUCUUUUAUUUUCUGCUGUGGCAGAGCAAAGCUCUGCC